AUGUCUUAUAAGGGAAUAACGUUUACAGGUCCAGGGGAGUCGGAUACCCCAGACCCGGCGGAUGAGAGAUGCUCUAAGGAGCAACGUCCUGGUCUCUCUCCGUCGUUAGCCAACGACGGGACACAACAAGUGAAGCUACCAUCUGGGUCAAGGGCGAGCCCAGGUGAUGGUGCUGACAUCGCCCAGGGAAGCCAGUGCUUCUCCAAAGGGAGUGACGCGAAGCGCACAAUCAAACCUGGCUGUAAGGCCGGUCCAAUGUGCGCCAAAGCGGGCAAAGUUAACAGCUCGCAGGCGAAGAUCGAUGGAUCCCCCUUAGAUGGGGAUGAGAGGACAAGGAGGUCUCGUUCCAAGGUACGACGAGAUAAAGGUGAUGAGGCGACGAGCCCUACGGGGCAACGUAGCAGCUCACUCCCGGAGGAGCGUAAGACGAGAGGUAGGCCUGUGACUACCGGAGAAUAUGAAAUAAAGAAAGCGGUGCUGACAAGAAGGGAAAGAGAAGACGAAGAGAAAAGACUUAGGGAAUUGGAUGACCCUAAAAUAGCCGCCAAACUCUCGAAAAAUCGAAGAGAGUACGAGAGGAAAUACGCCGAGGAACUCCGUAAUGCCCCGGUUGAAGACCUUGCCAGGAGAAUCAUAGAGCAAGUGUCUACCGUAGACAAGGUGAACACCACGUGCGACAAGGUGAACACCACGUGCGGUUCGCUCAAAGGAGGAGACAAAAGAAGUCUUAACGUGGCGGUUUCAGUGAUCUCAGCUGCAGCUGCCCACCUGGUCGAUCGAGUGAGUGCCGACGAACCAAUCGUUAAAGACUUUGAAGUCGAGGAGCUGAGGCGUGAAAAUGCCAAGCUCCUGAAGAAGAUUGCCCAGCUAGAGAAAAAAACUGAGGAAAACAAUAGCUGGAAUAUGGAGGUAGAUGUGGAAGACAGGCCUCUGUGCCGUGUCCAAGAAGAACCUCCAAAGAAAAAACGAUCCAGAAGGGGAAAGAACGUUAUAAGAGACGACUCAUCUUCUGACGAAGAUGAUAACAGUAAGAAAGAAAAAGAGAGGAUCGAGAGAGAAAGAAUAGAAGCUGACAAGAGAAGGGAUCAGCUAUUAAGAGAGAGGGAGAGGCUUGAUAAGGAAAGCGAGAAGAGGGAGAGAGAGGCUGCAGAAAGAAAUAGACUGCGCCUGUUAAAAGAAGUAGUCAGAGAUGGUGCACCUGAGGUAAGGAGACCCCCUCUAGGAGGGAAAUCUUCAGCAAUAAUAGAGGCAGCUAUCCCUGCAGAGGUGGAGGACAUAACGAUGAACACAGAUCCAGAAAUUGUCAUUGAUGCUGGUAUGGAACUUGGUAAUUCUGAUGUGCCGGGACAAGGGAUUGGGAACGCCGUAGACAGCAAUAUGCUGAAGAGGAUAGAGGUGAUUGAGGCCGGAAUGGAAAAGACGGCCUCACUACUCGAGACCCUGUUGAGGACGGUGAAUGCGUUGGCCGCGGGCGGACCGGUCACGGCCCAAACACAGCCGAUUCAGCCCCGAGGCAGAGUCAUCGAGGCGGAGAAAGGUGGAAAGCAGGGACGCAAAGGGGAGAAAGAAAAACCCCCUAACAAGUCAACCUCGCUACCGUCAGCGCAAGCGGCACCCAAACCAGUACGGGCUGAGGGCAAGGCCGGGAGCGCAGAGAAUAAUGAGGUGGCGUUGGUCAAUCCACCCUUGGAGCAGCCCCCGUCUCAAUUGUCCUGGGCGGAAGUAACAAGGAAGAAGACCAAGAAAAAUGGGAAGGCACCGUCUAAACCGACGCAGGAGAGACGAAAUCAGCAGCAAUCCAAAGAGAAACAAGCUGUGAAAGGGCAGGGUCCAAGUAAGGAAACCCAAGGACAAGCCAAGAACAAACCACCUACUCAAAACAAAAGUAGGACGGAUACAGCGAAGGGAUCUGGUACGGCCAGCAAAGUUAGACGCCCACCAAAAACGGCGGCAGUGGUCCUUACUAGCCUUAAGGGCGAAUAUGAGACCUUGAUGAAAGAGGCUAGAAAUAAGAUCUCGCUAAAAGACAUUGGGAUCGAGGGUCCGCUGAAACCUAAAAGGACCAAGACCGGAGCUCUACUUAUAGAGCUACCCG